GAUAGAUUGACUAGAACAAGCAUUGCUGCGGCCGGAGUCUGUUGCUGGUCAUCGCUAUUGCAUUUUUGUAAUUUACAGCAUUGGGUCUGCACUUCUUAAUGAUCUACAUAUCUCUCUAUUAGUGAAUUGCACAAAAUUACAGAUUGCUGCAUACACAUACUUCAAGAUUUUAAGGGACCCCUUUUUAUAAUGUAGACAAAAAACAAAAGCUUGGCUUUUGUCUUAGUCUUUUUUAUCCAUAAACCCACUUAUUUUGCGUUGAAAAAAAUAUUCCUAAUUAAGUUUGACUGCAAACUACAAGUAUCUACACUCUAAUGACAGAUGUCCAUACUGAAUAUUCCAUUUAAAAAGAAAAACUGCUUUCAACAAAAUUUGGGAAGCCCUCUAGCUUAGAGUUUAUACUUGCUAUUUGCUAUUGCUCUGAUAUUGUGUAAAAUUAAAAAGGAUUGGUCAAUCUAAUUCUUUUUUUUAACUCUCUGCUUUAUUUAGCCCUAGUAUGGACAUUGUUCAUUGUAGUCAAGUAGUCAAGAGGCUAGUGAUCAAGUCAAGACUUCUCAAGAUGUGAGAUUGACCAAAGAUACAACCUGUACAGAUUGGAGUAUUUUUGUACUUUUGAUCACAAAUGUGUCUCAAAAUGAUCAAGUCCAGCUUUCCUGCUUCAAGUAUAAGAUGGGCCUUUAAUAUUUGUGACUGGAGUCCAACUAUGGAUCAGUGGAAAUAUUGUUUACAGUGCGUACCAGAACAUGAAGUAACUCGAUGCAAUCGUUUUGUUUACGCAGAAGACUGCAAAUCUUCUUUGAUUGGUCAACUUUUGAUGAGAAAAGCAGUCAAUAUAUCCACUGGAAUUGAGUAUGACAAGAUUACUUUUUCACGGACACAAUCAGGAAAACCAUUUCUAGUAGGAGAAAAUCAGGAAAAAGUUGAUUUUAAUCUGUCACACAAUGGAGAUUUCUGUGUCUUAGCUGCAGAGAAACACUUCAACGUUGGAGUCGAUGUAAUGAAAACUGAGCUCAGAGGUAAAAGGCCAAUAGAAGAUUUUUUUAUAACAAUGCAAAAGCAGUUUUCUGCCUCCGAAUGGUCUUACAUUAUGUCUGCUGGCUUACAAAAAGAACAGCUUGAGCGUUUUUUUCGAUUAUGGUGUUUGAAAGAAAGCUAUGUUAAGGCUAAAGGCACAGGAAUAACUGUAGAUCUCCAAACGCUAAGUUUCUCAUGCCUCACACCUAUAGUUAAGCAAGAUGAAAUAGUAUCUGACACAACACUUACGCUCAAUGGCGCUCUUUUAGCAGAUUGGAAAUUUGAAGAAAUGUUUUUGGAUACAAAUCAUUACGUUGCUGUUGCACUCGGACCUACAACAUUGGAGUCUAAACCCUUGAAAAAUGAAUUGCAAAACUUCACAAUUUUGACAUUUGAGGAACUAAUGAAAGACAGCAUACCAUUUAAUAAAACAAAUACAGAAUUUUAUAAGUUAUUUCAAAAGGAAAGUAAGACUGUAAUAUAAUAACCUUAUUUACUGUAUUGAUUAGGAAUUGCCGGUUGUAUAGUACAGUUAGCAACUCCUAACCUAAUGGCUGAUUCAACAGUAUUUUUAAAAUAAAAAUAUUUAUCUACUGUUGAGAAAUAA